UGGAGGAGGAGCAGCAGGAGGACGAGCAGCAGCAGGAGGAGGAGACAGAAACAAGCUUGUCGGCUCCAGAGACGCCGUCCCACAGAAAGAGUGUCAGCAGAUCUCAGAUCAGCGAUCAGGAUCACAUCGUUCUCAAGAUUUGCAUCUUGGAGGACUCAACGAUUGAGGUGCUUUCCAAAGCAGUUUAUAAGAAGUACCCACUUCAUAAGCUCAAGUGUCCUUGUGGACUUCAGGAGGCGGAGUUUGUGAACCUGCUCAAGUCCACUUUCCCUCAGCUGGCUGAUGAUAGACCCUAUGAUCUCUUCAAGACCAGCUGGGCCAAGAAGCUGCAGCCUCUGGAAGUAGAGACCUUCACACCAGAGGAGGUUUCCAUGACAGCCGGGACAUCUUCCCUCUACAUCCGACUGAAGCCUACAGGGAAGCUGCAGGCCAGACAGGAGGAACCUCUGCAGAAGAGUGAGGAGGAGGAGCAGCAGCAGCAGGAGGAGGAGGAGGAGCAGGAGGAAGAGGUGCAGCAGGAGGAGGAGGAGGAGCAUGAUGACUAUGAUGAAGAAUCUCCAUCCACCCAUACUAGGAAGCAUCAUGAAACAAGCACAAGUCUCCUGAUGGAUAUCAGAAUCGGAAUUCUGAAGGAUGUGAGCUUGACACCUUGUGGUAAACUGGUUAGGAAAUACCUUUUUUAUCAUCUGAGGUGUCCUCGUUUUCUUCGGGAAGCUGACUUCUUGAACCUGCUGAGGUCCACCUACUCCCAGCUGGCUGACCAGCCUUUCAUUGUUUUAGUUUGUGAUGGCAGCCAAGUCAGGCCUUUGGCAGCAGGGAGUGUGACUCCAGAGGAGAUAGACAGGUUCAGCAGCUCCACUGGGUGUCCUGUCAUUUACAUCCAACGGAAGUCUCAGGUAAAUCUUAACGCCACAGAGAAGUCAGGCGCUGCUGCUGAAGACCCUCCAUCCAUCCCAGAUCCACUCACACUCAACACCAGCAUUCAGUCUGACGAGAGGGCGUCUGUAGAGCUCAGGAUCCGCGUCCUGGAGGACCCGAGUACUGAAGUAUUGUCACCCUCAGUAUUUCAGAAGUACCCAUUACUCAAGCUUCAGUGCCCCGGUGGCCUGACCCCGGAAGCAUUCCUGGAUCUGCUGAGGUCCACCUUUCCUCAGUUGGCUGGUGAAACUUUUGAUUUCCUAACUUGUAAUGGUAGGAAAAUUAGAUUGAUAAAGGUAGAGAGUCUGACCCCAGAGGAGAUCGACAAAGCCAUCAAGUCUGCUGGGAAAACCGUCAUCUACAUACGACCGAAGGGACAAGAGGAAGUCCAGGCCAGUGCAAAAAGGCAUCGUUCUUCCCUUUCUCAAACGGAGGUGUCUAUGAAUUCUUCCUGGAACCAUUUUGAAGGAGAAGUAAAAGGAGGGAAAACUCUGUCCAUAAGGCUGUCACCUCUCCGGCUUCCGAUUCUUUCUAUAAAGAUUGAGACGUCUGAUGGAGAGGACUGCAGGAAACACAACGGAAGCGGUGAACCUGAGAAGAUAACGGAGCAGCAACCUGCAAAUGUAGAAGUAAAGAGCCAGUCGUCCAAGUCAGGUUUGACCAACGGCAAGGCUCUGCUAUCCUGUAAAGUCUGUCAGCUGCUACGUGGGUCACUGAACAUGCUCACCAAACAUGCCUGGAGUCAUGUGGAUGGCCUCAACAAACUUUGUGGAGUGUGUGGGAAGCAGUCUGAGUCUGCUGAGGAGUUGAGGAAGCAUCUUCACACUCACCAGAAAACGCACAGCUGCAACAUCUGCGGCAAGUCUUUCCUCACCGUCCUUGGUUUCAGGGGACACAUGGAAAUGCACACGGGAAACAAGCCGCACAAAUGUAAAAUCUGCCACAAAGCGUUCGUUGUGAAGUCAGUGCUGAAGAACCACCAGUUGGUCCAUCUGGCAAACAAACCUCACAGAUGUAGAAUCUGCCAGUGGUCAUUCAUUUCACUGUCUAAGCUGAAAAUCCACCAGCUGAGACAUGCAGAUGGAAAACAUGCCCACAUCCAGGAAACCUUCCAGCGUGUCGUCAAGCUCCACUCAAGUCACCCGGCAGGCGUGGAAAGACUGCACAGCUGUGACAUGUGUGGCAGGAAGUUCCCCACUAAAAAUGGGUUAUGGAAUCAUUUGAGAAAGCACAAGAAGACGUUAACGUGCACGACAUGCAACAAAAUGUUCAAGUUCAAGUCCGCCCUAAUUAGCCACAUGAAGACCCACACUGACAAGAAGCACUUCAAGCAGCGGCCCGCCUGGAAAAAACACCAGGAAGUUCACCAGCUGGAUUAAGUGACACCUGUAAAGGUAGCAGGUGUGGAGUUACCUGCCUGUCAGUCCCUCUGACUGCCAGCAUUUCUACUGGAUUCCAGCCAUGAACAUUAUUUCUACGAAAAAUAAAAAACUUUUAUGUUUUACAGAAGGAAAUUUUAGAUUUAAAUUAGUUGAAGUUGAGUAAAAUCUGGUAAUGAUACUGUGUUAAAUUUUAGAUUUUUUUUUAGAUUCAAGACUUUUGUUUUAGAAAAUGUUAAUGUGAAACUUCACCAGUGUCCUUCAUUCUUGCUUUUAGUGUUAUUUUUCUAAAUUUGUAAUGUUAACUUACUGUAGGAUGGUGACGUGGAGCCUUUAAAUAAAUGUUUAU